AUGGCUGCUGGGCGCAGGCGGCUACAGAUCGGCGGGUCUGCACUGCUGGCGAGUGGCGGGGAGCGCAGGAAUGGCAAACGCAGAAGCUGCGCGAGAUUCCUGAUCUUUUUUUCUGGUUUCCCAGAGGAUUUUGUCAUUCAGGCAAAGGCUGACUGUUACUUCACCAAUGGGACAGAGAAGGUACGCUUUGUGGUCAGGUUCAUCUUCAACUUGGUGGAGUAUUUACAUUUUGACAGUGAUGUGGGGAUGUUUGUGGCGUUGACAGAGCUGGGGGAGCCUGAUGCCCAGCAGUGGAACAAACGCCUCGAUCUCCUGGAGAGAAGCAGGGCAUCUGUCAACAUGGUCUGCAGACGUAACUACAGGCUUGGGGCCCCCUUCAUGGUGGGGAGAAACGUGCAACCAGAGGUGACAGUGUACCCAGAGAGGACCCUGAUCCUCCAGCAGCACAACCUGCUGGACUGCUUGGUGACCGGCUUCUAC